ACCUGUGACAUUAAGAUCAAGAUCAAGAUCAGCUGGCUUGCCACUGCCUGACUGGCGCCUGGCGGUGCACGACAAUGUCGGGGAAGACUCGGAGUCUGUUCGGCACGGCUUUCAAGCACUUUGUCAACUCCCUGAAGCCCCGCGCGUCGCCGGGGCAGCUCGUGGGGCGCGACCAGCACGGCAACAAGUACUUCGAGAUAGCAGCAGAUCCAAGUCGAGGGAAGAGAUACCCCAGGAGGUGGCUUGUUCCCGUCUCCGAGGCAAAGUUCACCGAGGAAACCGUCGCCCUGGAAUGGAAUGCGUGGCUCAGGAACCGCCGGGACCAGCCGCCAACGGAAGCAGAGAUCAGUGCAAACAUUGCCCUGUCCAAGAUGAAGAAGGAGAACGCCGACAAGCUGGACGAGAAGGCGGGCAGGAAGGCGGACGCAUCACAAAAGCACAAACACAUGAGCGACUUCCCUGUGUACGAGGAGUAUGAAGUGACGCCAGGCUCCAGGGACGACCUCAAGUGAUGCAUCUACCCUUAGGUAAUAGUAAUGGUUAGUGAAGGGAGGUAAAUGUACAUAGCUGUAAAGGAGCUCAUCUUGGCAGGCACCAGGCAGGCUUCGUCUCCUGGCCUUACCUCAACUUUUCUGCAGUAAUCAUGUAGCAGUGUUCCAUAGGUUUAUCUUCUGUCUGGUGAUGAUAUUUACUUAAGUCCUGCAUGUUACAGUAAACUCUCACUUUAAUAAACCACUUGGGGGAAGGGGGUAACGUUAUAUCUGAAAAUUUCUUUAUCUGAGGGAUUAAAACUCAUGAUAUGUAACGAACUUUGUUAUAGGAGCUGAAAGUUGGCUGUUUUCAAGCAUUCCCAUCUAUAACAGAACUUGGUCCUUAUACUAUAUGAAAGGUUGUAUACAUAUGUUCAUGCAGUCAUCACAAAUACUACCCCUAUACAGGAAAAUUAGAACAAUAAUUACACAUUGGACACUUUCUUACACUGACCAACAUGCGUGCACACACUCAGCCGUUCCUCCACUGAACACAGCCCCACAAUCACCAGACUUGUUCCCUAAAUCCCUCCUGCACACACCAGAAAAGUAAAAAUGCUCAUUAAAGACAAAAUUUGUUAUAUUGAGAUCCCUAAAUGUGAGGGUUUACUGUACUUUGCCUCUGUAGCUUUGUUGGUGCAGUGUACAGGAGAGGCCUUAUUCUAGUUUGCAGCAGACCAGCCUUGUGCUGCAUUAUCAGAUAAACUGGACGGCUGGAUGCCACCACAUGUAUCAACAGUUGGAUCAUACCUAGUGUUUAUUUACUUAUAUAUUCUUAUCUUGUCCCCCUCUGCCAGUGAAGCACUGUAUGUGUACUGUUACGAGUUUCAUAACUGGACGGCUUCCUGUGCUCCCUAUUUCCUCCUCCCCCUCAUGUUAGUUAAUGUGUGAUAAGGAAAGUGAGCAAGAGAAAAUGUGUUUCUCCACUAAAUGGGCAGCAAAUGUCAGCUGAGUUCUGUUUGGAGGGCCUAACUUGACUUGUGGAACAUGGCCUCAAACAUAAAUGAAUAUUUUAUUCUGAGAAGGAAAUCUUCCAGAAAAAUAAACUUUUCCUACUCAUUGUGGCGUGAGCUGAGUUGCAGGUUCAGUUAAAGCAUGUUGCCUCUGACUCAGUGUGGGCGGGACAGGGGGCGAGGGAGUGGUGUUGCUUCACAAUGAAGUUUAAUGUCUUGAUGCUUUCUCUUCAAAACAAUAAAUUGUAUUAUUGAAA